AUGACAAUGAAGCCCCUGUUAAGCAGCAAGCAUUGUCCAGGCAUGCCGGUCUCUCUCUGGGUUUUACGUCCCCGUGCCUCUGCCCCUGACUCCAGCUCAGGUCCCACGAUCACCGGGUCCAGCAAGAUCGUGGUUCUUCCGCCCCAGGGUGCGGCCAGUGUGUUGACGGCGCGGCAGAAGUUGCAGCUCUUGGGUCAGCCGUUCGACUUGAUCGAGGUCCCGCCCGAUCUGGAGGAGACGGCUUUGUCCAAGCUGGCCGGCAAUUGUCAGGACGUACAAGCUGUUGCUGUGAUGUUACUCCUCUGCCUGGGCAUUGUGCACUGGGACGCAGCGUCGAAGGGUCCUCCGUCCCGGUCUCCUGCAAAAACAUGGUGUGCCCCUCCCAGGCUAUACUUUUGGCGCAAAGGCACUUUGGUCGAUCAGGCCAGCAGCAAGACCAGGAAGAAUGUGAAGAAGAAGGGCCUGAAGAUCAAGAAGCCACAAAGGAAGCGGGAGAGUGCCGCCUCAGCCUCCGGUCGGAGCAAAGCAGCCAGCAGCGGUACGCGAAGCCAGACGACGGUCGGUCGGUCUCAAAGGUCUCCCUCAAAAGCGGGGAGCAGAUUCAAGGACAUUUGUUGA